GGAACAGCAGCAGCAGCAGCAGCAGCAACUGCAACAGCGGCGGCUGUGGCAGCCCUGGCCCCGGGCCAGCUGGCGGGGAGCCCCAGGAGGGAGGGAGGGAGGAGGAAGAGGGGAAGGAGGAGGAGAGGAGCAGUCAGCAGGCCCGAGGAGGCAGGACUUCCUGGUGUGGGGGUUGUCAACAGCCCAGAAAGAGAAAGACAGAGAGACAGAGACCCAGAGGAGCUGAGAGGCAGAGAGACAGAGUCAGCGGAGCUACGCGGAAGAAGACUUGAAAGACCCACUCGUCCAUACCACCUGGAGCAGCAGGGGUCAGAGUCGCCCCCUCCCACAGCGGUCGGGAGAUCCUUGGGGCUUCAGAGGCGCGCCUGGGCUCCACCGAGGAGGCGCGGGUUCCUUCUUUUCUGGAGAGCAAACUUUCCACGGAGAUGCCUCGCAGGGUGAGGUGUGGCCCCCAAAGAGGACUGCGCAGCCUCUGAUCGCCGCCUGCCUGCCCCGCACUGCCCGGGGCCAGGAGGCCCCAGGGAAGGACAGCCCGACAUCUUAGGCGCUGGGACCCCCCCGGCUCAGCUUGGGGGCCGAGGCCCAAGAGUUUGCAAACUCAGCUCUGGAGUUCAGCAGAGACAGCAGCAGGAAAAACCUGCCCCUGAUCCCCCUUCCCCCCACCUCCCCUACCCUAUUCUCCCUUCACCAACCAGGCACCCCCAGUUCCCACAAGGCCCUUGCGCCAUGUCGGACCCAGACGUCCCUAGGGGCCAUGAUGCCCCCGCCAUGUGGCCCCCCUGUUCUAGGGGUGCUUGAGCCCCUUCAAGGAGCCCCAGCCUCCCACCCCCACCUCGGCCCAGUCCUGAGCCCCAGGGACCAUGAGUGGGGGCAAGAAGAAAAGUAGUUUCCAAAUCACCAGCGUUACCACGGACUACGAGGGCCCAGGGAGCCCCGUGAGCCCUGGGGGCUCAGAGCCCCCUGUCCCACCGGCCCCUACUGGGCCCCUGCCCCGCCUGCCAAAUGGGGAGCCCAAUCCUGACCCAGGGGGCAAGAGCACCCCCCGGAAUGGCUCCCCCCCGCCUGGGGCCCCUGCCUCACGUUUCCGGGUGGUGAAGCUGCCCCACGGCCUGGGAGAGCCUUAUCGCCGAGGUCGUUGGACGUGUGUGGAUGUUUACGAGAGAGACCUGGAGCCCCCGAGCUUUGGCCGGCUCCUGGAGGGAAUUCGAGGGGCCUCAGGAGGAACCGGGGGCAGAUCAUUGGAUUCUAGGUUGGAGCUGGCCAGCUUGGGCCUGGGCACCCCUACCCCACAGCCAGGCCUCUCUCAGGGCCCCACCUCCUGGCUUCGCCCACCCCCUUCUUCCCCUGGACCUCAGGCCCGUUCCUUCACUGGGGGGCUGGGCCAGCUAGCGGUGCCCAGCAAGGCCAAGGUGGAGACACCCCCCUUGUCAGCCUCCCCACCGCAGCAGCGCCACCCAGAUCCUGGGACCGGGGAUAGCACGGGCACAUCCAGGGCCACCACGCCCCUGCCCUCCCUGAAGGUGGAAGCCGAGGCUGGGGGCUCAGCAGCUGGGACCCCGCCAUUGUCCCGACGGAAAGAUGGAGCCGUGCGGCUGAGGAUGGAGUUGGUUGCUCCGGAGGAGACAGGGCAGGUGCCCCUACUCGACUCUCGUCCCAGCUCCCCGGCCCUCUAUUUCUUCCCUGAUGCCAGUCUGGUUCACAAGUCUCCAGAUCCCUUUGGAGCAGCAGCUGCCCAGAGCCUCAGCUUGGCCCGCUCCAUGUUGGCCAUCAGUGGUCACCUGGACAGCGAUGACGAUAGUGGCUCCGGAAGCCUGGUUGGCAUUGACAACAAGAUCGAACAAGCCAUGGACUUAGUGAAGUCCCACCUCAUGUUUGCGGUCCGGGAAGAGGUGGAGGUGCUGAAGGAGCAGAUCCGGGACCUAGCCGAGCGGAAUGCUGCGCUGGAGCAGGAGAAUGGACUGCUGCGUGCCCUGGCCAGCCCGGAGCAGCUGGCCCAGCUGCCCUCUUCAGGGGUCCCACGGCUUGGGCCCCCUGCACCCAAUGGGCCUUCUAACUCUCCCUCCCUCCAAGUUCUCAUCCACUUUGACUCCUCUCCCUACCCCAGGGAGGGGAGGAAAUGCCUGGAUGAGGCCCUGGGGGGAGCUUUCCCCCUGGAUUUCCUAUUCCUUCCUUCACUGCUCUGCUUGAAGCUCCUCAGCUCCCACCAGACCCUUUGGGUGGUGGCCGUUGGCCUGCAGCCCAUGCUUCUCCCCACCCCCACCCCCACCCCCACAGUACCAAAUGCUGGCUCUGCCCCUCACUUUGCAUUUUUCUUAUUGGGAGACAAGGCCAUGGUCAUGAAGUUCUUCCAGGGGGUUAAGCGGGUUUGGCGAAAGAUUACCUGUUGGGUUUUCUUCUGGAGACACAAAGCUAAGUCAACCAUCUUGGAGCACUCUGGCUCUAAGAAACAUGCAUCGAAGGGUGUAGAGAAGACUCCGCAGGUGGUUGAGACUUUCAGCUUGGUCAAGCCCCCCACAGAGACUGAGCUCCUCAAGAUGGACGAAUCCCCUGAGGAGGCAGAGCCGUGCCUAUUGGCCAAGCAAACAGAUGGGACUGAGGUGGAGCUGGGCCACAGGGGCCGCUCCCUGCUGCGGCUGCCGCGGACGGCCGUCCAGUCUGUCUCCACGCUCAUGGUCUCCGCCCUGCAGACUGGCUGGCAAAUGUGCAGCUGGAAGUCAUCUGUGAGUUCUGCCUCAAUUACCUCCCAGAUGAGGACCGGGUCCCCUUUGGAGACGCCAGAGGCCGAGAUGCUGCGGGAGGUGUACCUGGUGCUGUGGGCCAUUCGGAAACAGCUGCGGCAGCUGGCCCGCAGGCAGGAGCGGCGCAGACGGCGCCGCAGCAGGACCCAUGCUUCCCCCCAGCCCGAGCCUGUUCAGGGCCUGAAACAGGAUGCCCGAAGUCCCCUUUAGAAGGGAGCCCCUGAUCCUCAGAAAGCCCCUACCUCACUCACUCUUGGGUAAGGUUGAUAGGAGGGGUCAGGGCAGCAGGCCAGAAGUUGUGGGUGAGGGGACGUUUUCAUACUGUCACCUCUCAUCGGGAACCCAAGGCCCAGGCCUGGGGUCCCACAUAGUCCCCUUCAUUCUGUUUAUUCAAUUUGUAAAAAAUUAUCAGAAUAUUGAGAAAUAAAUAUCAGCUAUUUCUGAGUA